AUGGCCAGAACUUUCUUCGUCGGUGGUAACUUCAAGUUGAACGGAACCAAGCAAUCCAUCAAGGAAAUCGUUGAGAGAUUGAACCAAGCUUCUCUACCAAAGGACUGCGAGGUCGUGCUAUGUCCUCCAGCCCCAUACUUGGACUACGCUGCCGGUUUGGUUUCCAAGUCUCAAGUCUCCGUUGGUGCCCAAAACGCCUACCAAAAGGCUGCUGGUGCUUUCACCGGUGAAAACUCGGUCGACCAAAUCAAGGACUGUGGUGCCAAAUGGGUCAUCUUGGGUCACUCCGAGAGAAGAACCAUCUUCGGUGAAGACGACAAGACUGUCGCUGACAAGACCAAGUUCGCUUUGGACCAAGGUCUAGGUGUCAUUCUAUGUAUCGGUGAAACUUUGGAAGAAAAGAAGGCCGGUGUCACUUUGAAGGUUGUUGAGAGACAAUUGGACGCUGUCAUUGCUCAAGUCAAGGACUGGACCAACGUUGUCGUUGCCUACGAACCAGUCUGGGCUAUCGGUACCGGUUUGGCCGCUACCCCAGAGGAUGCUCAAGAGAUCCACGCUAGCAUCAGAGAAUACUUGGCCAAGAAGUUGGGAUCCGAUGUCGCCGAAAAGACCAGAAUCUUGUACGGUGGUUCCGCUAACGGUUCGAACGCUUCUACUUUCAAGGACAAGAAGGACGUUGACGGUUUCCUAGUUGGCGGUGCUUCUUUGAAGCCAGAAUUCGUCGACAUUGUCAACUCUAGAAACUAA